AUGGUCGUUCAAUUAAAAUUUGAAAAUUCAUUUUGGACAGCUGGAAAUUAUCAGAAUGGGAUUACUGUCCUAUAUAAUAAAUUAGAUCAAGGUAAUAUAGAAAAUGAAGAAAUCAUUGACUUUCUUAGGGAAAGGAUAGCGGUAGAAGAAUCAUAUGGCAAGAAAUUAUGUGACCUUUCUCAAAUAAGUAACCGAACAAAUGGCUCUAUGCGUGAAGAUGAUACUUCGCUGAGACGUUCAUUUGAAACUGUAAAAAAAGAAUGUGACCAAUUAGGUCAAGCUCAUUUACAAAUGGCUAAUAACUUGUCAGAUUUAGUACUUAAACCUUUUCUUAAACAAAGUGAAGAUUUUAAUAAAGGCCUUAGAGCAAGUAGAGAAGAAAUAACUGGAUAUUUGAAAUUAUUUAACAAAAUGGUUGAUGAGGUUGAAAAAUCGAAAUUUAAUUAUAUAACAAAAUGUCAACUGGCUGAUGAAGCUGAUGAAAGUGCCGUUCAUGAAUCAGAGACUAUGUCAAUAUCUGAAAAAGAAAUGCCACAAGAUCCUCCAUUAACUGUUAUACUUGGGAAUCAUUCAUUUUCUGAAGAAGAAAUAAUGUCAUUUUUUAUUAAAAUGCGUGAUGAAAUUCCUUCUACUGAAAUUAAAAUACCAAUUCUUGGUGUUUAUAAUGAUGCAUAUUCUGGUGAAGAUAUUACAAAAUGGUUAAUGAAUAAUCAUGUUAAUGCAAAAACAUGGCAGGAUGCUGAAAAAAUUGGUCAAGAAUUGGCUGAUCAAGGAUUCUUACGACACAUAGGCGCGAUUGGCAAUAAUUUUGUUAGCACUCCUCCAGCUUAUUUUCAAUUCAAGAGUAAAACAUUCAACCUCAGAGAAACUGAGGAUGUAAACGCUGGAAUAGGUUGGGGUGGAUUAAUGUAUGCAAUCUCUGCCAAUCAACCUUCUGAAAAACGUGCUCGAAAAGAGGCUGAUGAAGCCGAUGAGGCCUAUCGACAUGCAGUAAGAAGGUUAGAUAGAACUCGAUUAUAUCUUGAAGAAUCUAUGAUAGAUCAAAUGACCCUUAUGGAAAGACGUGAAUUCGAUCGUAUAAAAGCUUCGAAAACAG